GAGUUGGGUAAAAAUUUCAGGGUAGUAUGCGUGUCUCCCGGGCAUUGUUUUCCUUUUUCUGUGCACGAAAAAAAUGUGAAUUUCAUGCAGUAAACCCACUGUGCAAAAUGCUAGUAAAUCCCUGAAGAUCACCACUAUAUCUUUGUCGUCAGACCCGUGUAUUUUUAUGCUUCUGCCCAUCCGGAAAUGGCCAAUGAGCCCCGUCGGAUCCUCGACAACUUUCUGCAUCAGAAACUCAACAGUCUCCAUGGAGCUGUCCUGAGCAGUGGAAAGGUGACUGAGCAGGAGCUCCUCGAGGCCUACAGGCAGUACCAGGAUGACGGUGAAAUCAGAAUGCCAGUCCAGGAAGAAAAUCCAGAACGUCACAAUCAACGUGUGAGAUUAUUCUUCGGUUCUGCCAUUCUCCUGUUCAUCCUUGUGGCCACACCACUGAUCAGCAUUGUCCUUGAGCAUAUCAUCAGUGUUCGUUGCCUCCUGCCCAACAACUAUUUGGUAUGGGAAGCCACACGACCAGUGUCAGAUUGCGAUUUCUGUCGUGGCGUUCAAGGUCCUCUGAUCUUUGGCAAUUUGUCCCAGGAGGAAUUCAAACCCUAUGCAUACUCAUCCCAGCCCAUCAUCCUCAAGAAUGCCAUUUCACACUGGCCAGCCACCAAAUUGCUCAAUUACACCUUCCUUCGCGAUCUCUAUGCCAAAAUUCCCGGAGCUCUCGACAGUGUCCAGGAUGAUUGCCAGUUUCUGCAUUUCAAAUCGAAUUUUCUCACUCUACGAGACGUCUUCUCUAUGUCUCAAAGUAGAGCGGAGUUCCGGAAAGGAGAGGUGCCCUGGUACGUCGGAUGGAGCAAUUGCCACCCUCAAGUGCUCACUGAACUGAGGAAGCUCUACCCUCGACCUCAUUUUUUGCCCGAGGAUGCCGAAAUGCCCAAUACGGACUUCAUAUUUCUGGGCUAUGAACAGGGAGCUGUGAUGCACCUGGACUACAUCCCUCGGCUCAUGUGGCAAGCUCAAUUGCGUGGCAAUAAGAGCUGGGUCCUAGCUCCGACUCCAGAAUGUGACUCCCAGUGCAAAAGCUUCUCAUUCUACGUUGAACCCGGAGAUGCUGUGCUCGUGGAUACGAGGCUGUGGUACCAUGGAACUUACGUGCCCAAAGGCGAAUUUUCACUGACCAUCCAGUCAGAAUACGGAUAAUCUUCCAUAUUAAACCAUCCCCCCAAAUUAACCCCCCGCGAAAUUAAGAAAUUGUGCCAUUGAUACGCAUAGUCAGAUUGUCGUGGAAGUAUCUCAUCAGCCCAAAGAGAUUUACUUAUAUAUAUGUGUAUACCAAUGUCAGGAGAACUUCCAGAAAUGCCUACUCCAAUGUAGGCAGGCAAAUUUUUUUGUGUCCAAAUUGUACAUUUUACCAUUCAGUGUAAGCUAUUUAAUAACUAGUCAUGAAAAAUUGUAAAAUUACCUUCACACACCCAAUUUGACCCUGAUCAUGCCCUUUUUCAUGAUGAGAUUAAUAAAUAUUAUAUGCAAUAAUUUAA